AAAUUAUGAGUAUCUACAAACUUAUUUGAUAACAUUUUCUUCUCCUCACAGAAAUCAUUCUAAAAUUGCGUAAACAAAUUAUUUUUUCUUCAUCCGUAUCCGGAGGAAGAAAGAGGACCACUUUCUUGGUAUUGUGGAAUCUGUGAUACUCAUUUGGAUUUUUCUUCCUUCUCUCAUACAAUCCAGCACCUUUCUUAAUUUUUAUUUCAAUUUCUUCACCUAAUUCCCAUUCAAUUUUGAUCCCCCAUUUUAAUCUUCACCACACUAGCUUCAUCGCUCCAACAAUGGCUUCACAAGAUACUCACCACCACCAUCACCACCACGAUGGACAUGACCACCACCAUCACCACCACGAUGGACAUGACCACCACCACACCCACGAGAAACCUAAGGGGGAUUCUUCCUUUGUUGGAGCAGAUGGUAGGGUUUAUCAUAGUCAUGAUGGACUGGCCCCUCAUUCCCAUGAACCCAUUUACUCUCCUGGCUUCUUCACUAGGAGAGCUCCUCCUCUUCUUACAAGAAAUUUUAAUGAAAGAGCUUUUACUGUUGGUAUUGGUGGUCCUGUUGGUACUGGGAAGACAGCUCUGAUGCUGGCACUUUGUACCUUCUUACGUGAUAAAUACAGUCUAGCUGCAGUCACAAACGACAUCUUCACAAAAGAGGAUGGAGAGUUUUUGGUGAAGCAUGGAGCGCUACCAGAGGAAAGGAUUAGAGCAGUGGAAACUGGUGGCUGCCCACACGCUGCUAUUCGCGAAGACAUCAGCAUUAAUCUUGGACCUCUUGAGGAGCUUUCAAACUUGUACAAAACAGACAUACUUCUCUGUGAAUCUGGUGGAGAUAACUUGGCUGCCAACUUCAGCAGAGAACUUGCUGACUAUAUCAUCUAUAUCAUCGAUGUGUCUGGUGGGGAUAAGAUUCCUCGAAAAGGUGGCCCCGGAAUCACGCAGGCUGAUCUUCUUGUAAUAAACAAGACUGACCUUGCAACAGCAGUUGGAGCUGAUCUAGCAGUUAUGGAGCGUGAUGCACUGAAAAUGCGAGAUGGGGGACCGUUUGUAUUUGCUCAGGUUAAACAUGGAGUAGGCGUUGGGGAAAUUGUUAACCACAUUAUACAGGCAUGGGAAGCAGCGACGGGGAAGAAACGCCAUUGAAAUCUCUCUGGUUGAAAUUGUCAGGAUAUUGUUAGAGUUUGACCACUGCAAUAGGAGAUGUUGUACUGAGUUUUUCUCCCUUUUAAAAAAACUGAGGCUUAGCCUGAUCUUUUAGCUUUGGAAUACAAUAAGAGGCUCGUACUUGUAUGAGAUUUUGUCAAUGCUCAAAGUUUAUAUGCUCAAAGUUUCUGCGUUUGUUGUC